AUGGCCUUCGCUGGUCCCGUCGAUGUGACCGGCGAGGUUGCUGUCGUCUCGUGCGAUGGCCACAAGGCUUUGACCCAGGCGGGCUGCACCGACAUUCAUGUCGUCUGGGCCCCCGGUACCGUCCAUCUCGGCGCCACCUGCAACGACGGCAAUGUUCUCACGGCCCUCGAUCUCAACGCAUGCUACAUCAACAAGGACGCCGCUCUCAUUCCCCAGUCGAAUGGAGGCGGAUUCUCGUCCUGCCACAGCUGUGAACUCCAGGAGGACAACCAGAAGCUCAAGUGCGCCUGCGGAGCUGACAGUGCUACUUUCUGGUACACCACCGUCAACCUUGAUGACACCGUCUUCGUCAACGCAAACGGCCGGCUGGGCUGCUGGGAUCAUGAGGGCGUUGGUGGUAUCCCGUUCAGCAAGGGUUGCUCGGGCGUCGAGCUUGCCGGCACCAGCAUCCAGGGCUACUGCAAGGCUGGCAGCUUGUAUUGUACCACCCUCGAACUCCCGGCAUGCAUCGGCAACAAUGAUGGCAGUCUUAACCCGUGGGAUGGAGGCGGCUUUGACAAGAACUGUGAGCGCUGCCACCUCGUUGAUGGCUUCAAGUACCAUUGCCAAUGCUGGAACAUCGAUCACACGAGCAAGUGGGAGACAGAGGUCGAUCUGAACCAGGUUAUCUACGCCAGCGACAGCGGUGCGAUUAGCUGCUUCAACACCAUCGGCGAGCCUUUGAACUGCUGGGGAAUGUAA